AUGCUCAAUGAAAUCCAAGUAAAGUGUACAUUAUGUGGUGAAACAAAUCUUCAACGAGGCAAUUUUCAAAAUCAUAUUAACAAUUUGUGUCCAAAAGCGGAUGUAUCUUGUUCGAUCAACAGUGAUAUGAGUUGUUCUUGGAUAGGAUCACGUGAUCAACUUGAAAUUCAUCAAUCCGAAUGUAAAAUUUAUCAAUCAAAAUUAAUGAAAGAAAUAAAUUGUGUCAAAGAUCAACGAAGUGAAAUUUUAACGGUUGAUCGAAGAGAGAAUCUUGUCAAUGAAGUUAAUUUUGGAACAUGUCUAUUUACUCUUUUAGAAUUGACAAAUCCUCGUGAACUGGAAUUUGAAGAAUACAUCACUCGAUCUACCGAUUGGGCGAUUGAAUUAGCUGAACGGCUGAUGACCAAUAGUGAUAUGUCAAUGGUGGGAAACAAUAUUGAUGCAAGCGGUGCUUUGAUUCUAGCCAAAACAUUGAGCAAUAACACGUCAUUAAUAAGAUUAGAACUUCAAUGUAAUCGUAUAGGUGAUCGUGGCGUGGAUUAUUUAGCAGAUGCACUUACAGUUAAUAAGUGUCUCAAAGUACUAGAUCUUAGAGAUAAUAAUAUUACUCACGAAGGAGCAAGACAUUUGGCUAAUAUGCUUAAAAAGAACCAAACAUUGACUUCACUGUCAUUAAGUUCCAAUCAUAUAGAUGAUCGUGGCGUACGAGUAUUAGCCGAUGCACUUAUUGAUAAUAUGAGUCUUCGUCGAUUGUGUCUUUUUCAAAAUCAGCCAAUUAGUGAUUGGAGUAUCGAAUCUUUGAUAAACAUGAUGCGAUAUAAUCAGUCGUUAGAAGAACUCACUCUACAAACCAAUAAAUUAUCUUGGUGGAGUAUGAUACUACUUCGAUUUGCAUUGUUGACAAAAACGAACUUCACCUUAAUAAUGUAA